GUGGGUGAAUUGAUGGGUCCCCAAUUUACCUGUCAUUUUGUUUUUCCUUGAAACGAGAAAACUGCCUUGAAUUGAAAGUUUAUUUUUUGUGUGUGUGCGUGUGUGUGUUCAUCGGUUUCUCCUCCCUUCUUUUUCUAUUUAUAUAAGAUUUUCCAAUCUCUUUAUUCACUCAGUUUCACAACAGUCACUGUUCUUUCAAAAAUAUUUUCUUUUGUAUGAACAAUCUUUCUUGAAUGAAUUCAAUUCUCCCAUACUGAAGAAAGGAGUAAUAAUCUUCUUUUAUCAACCAAUAAAUCUUAAAUAUAAUUCUUGUUAUCAACCCAAAUCUAAAAUCUUACUACAAAGUACAAACCCACCCUUUUGCCACGAAUCUCUAGAGCUCAAGUAGUUGUGGUCCAUGGCGAUUGCAGCAGCAACCGUCAUCGUCCCAUUGGGCAUUCUUUUCUUCAUCUCUGGCCUUGUUGUCAAUCUCAUUCAGGCGGUAUGCUUUGUUCUCAUUCGGCCUCUGUCCAAGAAGACGUAUAGAAAGAUCAAUCGUGUUGUGGCAGAGUUGUUGUGGCUUCAACUUGUAUGGCUUGUUGAUUGGUGGGCAGGAGUUAAGAUUAAUGUUUUUGCAGAUAAUGAAAGCUUCAAUUUAAUGGGUAAGGAACACGCCCUUCUCUUACCCAAUCACAGAAGUGAUAUUGAUUGGUUAGUUGGAUGGGUUCUGGCUCAGCGAUCAGGUUGUCUUGGCAGUUCAAUAGCUGUGAUGAAGAAAUCAUCAAAAUUCCUUCCGGUCAUAGGCUGGUCAAUGUGGUUUUCUGAGUAUCUGUUUUUGGAACGAAGCUGGGCCAAGGAUGAAAACACGAUAAAGGCAGGCCUUCAACGUUUAAGGGACUAUCCACAGCCGUUUUGGUUGGCGCUUUUUGUAGAAGGAACUCGCUUUACGCAAGCAAAGCUUGUAGCAGCUCAAGAAUAUGCGACCUCACAAGGAUUGCCAAUACCUAGAAACGUUUUGAUUCCUCGUACAAAGGGUUUUGUUUCAGCUGUAAGUCAUAUGCGAUCAUUUGUCCCAGCCAUUUAUGAUAUUACAGUGGCUAUUCCCAAAAGCUCACCUUCACCUACAAUGCUUAGACUUUUCAAGGGGCAAUCUUCUGUGGUACAUGUACAUAUCAAACGAUGCCUCAUGAAGGAACUGCCUGAAAUGGAUGAGGCUGUUGCACAAUGGUGUAAAGAUCUGUUUGUGGAGAAGGACAAGUUGCUGGACAAACAUAGAGCUGAGGACACUUUCAGUGACCAACCAUUGCAGGAUAUUGGUCGGCCAGCUAAGCCUCUUCUGGUUGUUUGCUCUUGGGCGUGUAUUGUGGGUUACGGGGCUCUCAAGUUUCUCCAACGGUCUUCGCUUUUAUCCUCAUGGAGGGGUAUUGCAUUGUCAGCAUUCAUCUUGGCCAUCGUCACCUUCCUCAUGCAAAUAUUGAUUCUCUUCACUCAGUCCGAGCGUUCAACCCCUGCCAAGGUUGCAGCGGGAAAGCCUAGAAUGACAGGGAGAGUUCAGCAGCAAUAGAUCCGAGCUCCCUCCUCUGAAUGGCAGUAACCUUAUGUCUGUAUCACUUUGAUUUGCGUUCGUCUGUUUUCAUUUUAGACAUGUUUUCAAGCAUUUUUUUUUUGGUCAUGAGAAGACAAGUUCGUAUGCAUUAUCAAUUCUUUGCCUUUUUUUGGUGGUAAAUUAGGGUAUUUUCUGUAAUAGACAGUUAAAAUGACUGUAGAAGCAAUGUUUACAUGAGGAUAAAAUUAGGGUAA